AUAAAAAUCACAAGCAUUUUACGUUCGUCAUGAUCCUACAUACCGUACUAGUACACACGUUCCAGUUUUCGUCCAAACUCACAAAAACGUCAACAUUUGUAUUUCGUUACGUAAACGGCUAAUUACACCACUCAUAUUUAACUAAAACCGAUACAGAUUUAUAUUCGCAAAAUAAUGGCAAACAAGGACCGAAACAAAACGAUUUUGCUGGAAUUGGGGAAACUGCCAGAAAACAAUCAAUGCGCAGACUGUGGCGCGCCGGAUCCUGACUGGGCGUCCUAUAAGCUGGGUUUAUUUGUGUGUCUGAACUGCUCUGGAGUGCACCGCAACCUGUCCAACAUCAGCCGCGUCAAAUCCAUACGGCUCGACUUCUGGGAUGACGAGCUAGUGAAGUUCAUGAAAACCAAUGGAAAUGCCAUAGGCAGAGCCAUCUAUGAGAAAGCAGUCCCGGCAUUCUACUACCGGCCCCAGCAAGAAGACUGUGCCGUCUUAAGGGAGCAGUGGAUAAGAGCAAAAUAUGAGAGGAUGGAAUUUACCGGCGAGACAAAGUAUCCUCCACUGGCCUACACGACAGGUUUCUAUGAAGGGAUGCUGUGGAAGAAGGGGAAGGGACAGUUUCAGAGAAGGAAGUUUGUUCUGUCUGAGAAGGAAUUCACCCUGGCUUACUACAACAAGGAGGAUCCGUCCAAAGCGCUCAUCUCCAUCAAAGACGUGAAUGUCACCUUUCAACCUGAGAAAAUUGGUCACGCCCAUGGUCUGCAAAUUACCUACCAGGAAGACAGCCACACCAGAAGUAUUUUUGUCUACCACGAAAGUGGAGAGGAGAUUGUCAACUGGUUCAAUGCCAUUCGAGCUGCUCGCUUUGCCUACCUGAAAACAGCAUACCCCACAGGAAGUGAUAAAGAAUUGAGGACUAGAAUUACCAGAAACUACCUCAAAGAAGGAUACAUGGAGAAGACAGGUCCUAUGCAAAAGGAGACGUUCAAAAAGAGAUGGUUCAUCUUGGACUCCCAAGACAGGAAGCUCCUUUACUUCAAAAGCCAGCUGGAUGCUGAGGAGCUGGGAGUUGUGUUCAUCGGCACAGAGACCAAUGGUUACUCAGUGAGUGAGUGCAUUCCCAAAAGGACCAGAGGCAACAGGUGGAGGUGUGGAGUCACAGUGAAGACGCCGGACCGCCAGUUUGUCUUCAUGUGUGAGCAGGAGAGGGAGCAGAGAGAGUGGGUGGAGGCCCUCAGACAGGUCAUCUCUAAACCCAUGCAGCCCCAGGACUACACCA